ACGUGGCUCCUGAACCUCAAUUUGGCCACCCCUGGUUUUUAAGGCGCUACUGGACGCUUGCUCUUUUCUACUGCUACAGAACACAGCUACUACAGUCUCAGCCCACUGCAAUAAAUGGGUUAAGAGACAGAAAUAACUAUGCACUGGGUUGUUCCAGUCACUCACUCGGCUGUUAUGUUUUAUCAAAGCACAGACCACUAUAAGAGCUCCAUUAUUGCCGCCCCCCCCCCGUCCAUUUCCUCAGGAGCGGAACCUUUCUUUCUCGGUUCCGUGUUCUACCCGGGGACAAUUUGCGACGUACAGCUGGCCAUUCCGCGGAGGCAAGAUGGCGGCGCCCAUGGUGAGAUGCUGUCUGAGAGCAGUUUCCAUUCAGUAUCCUAGCUCUAUUUUCACCAGAAUUGGUAAACAGUCUGUGGUGGUACCUGCUUUUGCUAAUGUACUGAUCUCUAAUAGAUUCUAUGCUUCAAAGAAAGAAUCCAGUAAAAAAAAAUCCAAAAAGAAAACUGCUGUACCAGAGCCUCUCUAUAAAAAGAAGCGUUACGUACCGGAGUUGCUAAGCGGGCCAACGGAUGACGUCUAUUUGACUUGGUGCUACCAAAGGCCCAUUUAUGAAAUAGAAGUGGCUGUAGAUAUGCUGAAGAAGUUUCAGGAACUGGACUUCACUUCGCCCGGGCAGGCAGUGUAUGGUGACAUCACCCUGGAUAUGUCCAUGGACAAGAAGAAACCGGUGGAGCCAUUUGCCGCUACUCUCCUUUUGCCCUAUCAAUUUGAGGGUGUCGUGAACAAGGUCCUGGUAUUCACAGAGAAUGCAGAUGAAGCUGCUUUAGCGAAAGAACACGGAGCCGCGUUUGUAGGGGCGUUCGAAUUAUUUAAGCCUAUUUUAGAUGGUGAAAUCCAAGCAGAUUACUAUGUGACCGUGCCUGCAAUGGUAACAAAGCUUAACAGUUUAAGGGGCGUAUUGAAAGAUAAGCACCCAAAAAGUAAAAACGGGUCCGUCAGCUACGACAUUCCAAGGAUGCUCAACUUCUUCAAAGGGUGCCGCGAAUACAGGGUGGAAAAAGAGAACCGCAUCUCCAUGUGGAUCGCAAAGCUGAAUAUGCCUAAUGAUCAGAUAGUUGCCAAUCUGGAUGCGGUUAUUAAGGACGUUUGUAAACACAAACCUUUGAGCUAUGGCCCCUUUGUGAAGCGCUUGAUUAUUCGGAGUGCGUCCUCUGAAGGCUUAGAUCUAAAGUUCGAGCGCUUUCUGCCUGCAGAAGCUUUGAAAGGAAAAGCCGAAGAGAAAGCGGAGGGAGAGGCCGAGGACAGCGACGAAGAAGAAGAGAUGCGAGGGUCCAAAUAAUCCAAGCAUCGACUUUGUGCCGUUUGCUCCGUGCAGAAACCUGCAAGCAGCAGUUCUGCCUCUCCUUUCGGCGGGACAAAAUCAUAGGAGAGGCUCACUGCUGCUGCUCUCUGCCCCUUCCUCGCCCCCUCCCACCCCCCAGGGCGGGGCAUCGUCACUCAAGAUGAGCUGUCAAUUAAAAAAAAAAAGAGAGGCGGUUUUUGGCUUUCCAUCUAGUCUUGAGAAUCCGGCUCCAUUACUGGAGGUCUUAACUGGUUAUGCAAAUGACUUCCAUUGUAACACACCUCCGCUCAUAAAAAUUUCCCGGACACGCAGUCCUCGUGGCACAGAGCUCUUGGCGGCAAUGGAAAGUCCCAGUCUGGUUUGAACUGGGCUGUCAUCGAUAGAAUCUGACUGCUAAUCUCAAUACCAUAAAUGUAGAGGCUCCAUUCUCCCUUUGAAGAGUUGGUGGCCUCAUUCCUCAACAUGAUUUUUAAGAAAACCAACCAACCAUAUAGCAGUGAAAGAAACUGCAUUAUCAUGGUCUGCUUGUGCAUCUUGUGUUUCUCUCUGUGUUUUUUAAAGAAUUAAAUUGCUAGAUUGCGGUUUUACAGACUACCUUUUGCACAGUUCAAAGUAUUUUAUUGUUGUAGCCAUAGGCCAUAACAACCCAGCAAACCCCUCAAAGUAUAGUUUACUUUUAGCCAUAAAAAUUAAAACAUUAAAAAAAUAGUAAAAUAGAACUAUGAACAAGAUUUAAAACAUCAAUAAUAAAACAACGUGACAGAAUGAGACUAUAACUUGGCCAAAAUUCUUGUAUGGGUGGCUGUGGUUAUCUUCGUCCUUAUUUUUGUUGCUAAAAAGACGAAAGUAGCGACCUUAAGGGUAACAUCUGGAAUGUCAUCAGCCAAUAAAAAUUUAAUACAUUC